GCAUGUUUCAACCUGUUUCAAAGACUGCCGCAGUUCAAAAGUGGUUUGCCCUAGGAAUUCGUCACCGUCGGUUAUCAAGGGCUGAUCCGAGAGCGAUUUAGACCCCGACUCAACCCUUCUUUUUUUUUAUAUCACCGGCUGAUCCAAAUCUGGCAGAGCCUAUAAAUUGGCUGCCUUGACGUCCAUUGUUUUUCAUCUUUCUUUCACAUCCGUUUCUCUUUCUCACAAUGCCUUCUCGAAGCAGAGACGAUUUGACAGCAACGAUCGAUAUAGACCCUUCCUUCACUGGAAUCAUCUACGGGUAUGCCGAUGAUGAAGCAGAAGGAUGUGUUGUCAAAGGCGCGUGCACAUUGCAUGUUGUCAAACCUUGCAAAAUUCGACGUCUUUUCGUCAGCUUGGACGGAAAACUCAAAGUCAACAUUAAGGCUCCUGUUUCCAUUUCUCCAGCUUCAGAAGGUGUGGAAACUCGCACGCUUAUUUCCAAACAUAAACACUAUCAUGGCGAAGAUGGUCAAAUGGAAAUUCUGCAGCCUGGCGAUCACGUUUAUCCUUUUGAGUUUGAACUGCCAUCCACCCUGCCAGCCACCUUCCACAGCAAGCAUGGUCACAUCAGUUACCGUAUUCGAUUAUGUAUCCACCGACCCAUGUUCAGCAACGACAUCACCGCCAAAAAGGAAAUCGUGCUUCGACGGUGUUUAAUGGACGAAUGGUCAUCAGGCACCAGUGCGAAUGAAAAAGUUGAAGGCGUUUUUGAACAGUUGAUGCACUAUAAAGCCAGUGCCCCCGGCAUGACCUAUAGAGAAGGAGGACUUGUCAAGCUCAAUCUCAAUUUUGAUUUGUUACAUCCAUACACCUCAUCCAUUCGAGAAAUAUCCUGUGCCCUACAAGAAACCAUUCAAUAUCGCACCACUGGCAUCCAGGCCGUGAAUGCUCAUUCAUCCAGCAAACUUGACGUUCAAUUCCCACUUGGGUGCAGUACCUUCUACCCAUCUAAGGCUUCUGAUUAUGAUCCUAGUGAAACGCAUGACUACAAUGCAGUGUUUCGGGUGUGGCCAAGAGUGCAUGCAGAUACAAAUACAAAGUUGCUCAAGGUUUCACACAAGCUGGUCAUCAAUGUGAGCGUUGAAGAUCGCUCAAAUAAGGUAACUUACUCGGAAGGCAAGCCAAGAUCCAAGUCGGCUCCAACUACACCUGCAUGCUCAGAUAAUGAAGAAGACGAUGAAGAGGACCCAGUACGAAGCUCAUCAUCCAGUAUUCGAAGUAAUUCUUCCUCCACCUCAUCUUCCUCCAUCGCUUUACCCAUGAACCUACCACGGCCCAAGCCCUUCCGAUCAAGGUCCAGCGUGCAAUUGAGCGCAUAUCCUGUGAGGAAUUGCAAAUUGGAGAUACCUCUCGUCGUCACGUCAAGAGAACAUGUUUGGGAAGGUGAAAUGCCUACACCACCCGCAUAUGAAACGCAAGAAGGCCCCCCCUCCUACUUCAAUACCGUCGUAGCCCUACCACCCGUACCCGAUUAUGACAACAGCCAAGCCACUGAGCCUCAAGCUGCCACAGCCUCUGCCUAUUAACCAAUUGCAUUGCCCUCUAUACCUCAUGUAAUUACACUGCAACUCCCAUGCAUUUUUUUUUCUACAUUCUCUAUUUUAAAUCAUGCCUAAACCAAGACUCAUUUCAUGCUCUUCAAUGUACAUAUCAAAACAAAAAUAAACUAAGACG